AUGGCCUACCAAGAGCGCGGCGGUGUCAUCGACGCCCUGACCAAGGUCCUCGUCCUGCUCUACGAGGAGCCCGACAAGCCGCCGCAUGCUCUGGACUGGAUCCGGUCGCAGCUGGGAGCGCCUGCGGGGGUGGAUGUGGAGGCCAUUCGCAGAGACAACAAGCAGCUGGCGGAUCAGGUCAAGGAGCUCCAGGCAGAGAACCAGAACCUGCUCAACCGCCUCCGCGAGCUGGAGGUCCAGCACGACGAUGGCAUCGAUGACUACUAA